AUGAUGACCGUAGCGGCAGCCGCCUCUCACGGCGUCAGCGAUUCACUGACUGCCUCUUCAUCAACAACACCAGCACGCACCCUCCGCUCAAGCACACGCAAGAGGGGCAAGUCUCCCUCUUCACAGACUCUACCCUCUACCUCACAACUCGAGCAGCAGCGGCACAAGAAGAAGUCUCGCGCUGAAUUCCUCGACGAAUCCGAGCUCGACUGUGCAGCCUGUCCUAAGGCUGGCCAGCCCGCUCCCACACCCGGCAAAGAUGCCGCUUCGGACCGCGAAACCUGGAUCUGUUGCUCGCACUGCAACACUUGGUUUCACUGCAUCUGCAUCAGCCUCGAGAACCCGGACGACUUCAGCAAGUGGUACUGCCAGUCAUGCAUCACCCGCUCCCAAGAGGCGUUCGACUCUGGCACGAGCUCUUCGCGUCCUCCUCUCGUCAACGUCACUCGACCCCCUCGCCGAAAGUCGGAUCGCGCCAAGCUUGAGGUUGACUAUGCUGCCAUCCAAGAAGGCAUCCCUGCUGAUCCGCUAGGUCGCUGGAAGUCGUUUCUCGAGGCGUACGAUUUCGAGCCCGACGGCUUCCGCAGGAUGCACGGACACGAGUGGACCAUCGACUGGCUCCUGCAUGACGAGUCGGCUCUCAAGCAACCCGUCCUCGUUCCCGCCACAGAGGAUCAUCUUUCUCGAGCAACGAAUGGAAAUGGAUCUGUCAAACCUGAAGCGGACGCCGAUCCAUCUCCUUGGACCACCAAGCCAUCCAAGGCAUACAAGAAAAAGUUGUCAAAAUCUCGACUUGCGCCGCGCAGCACUUCCAUACCUGGCAUGGUGGUGCCACCUCCUGACAUGUCCAUCUUCGACGUUGCCAACAUCAUCGGUCACGACACCCCCGUCGAGGUCAUCGACGUGGCCUCUCAAUCGUCCUCGAAAGCAUCUUGGACCAUCGCCGAGUGGGCCGAGUACUUUGACACGCCCAAGGAAAAGAAGAAGAAGACGCUCAACGUCAUCUCGCUCGAAGUCACGGGUACGCCCAUGCAAGAGUACGUCGAAGCGCCGCAGCUCGUUCGCGACCUCGACUGGGUGACCCGCGACUGGCCACUAGAGCGUCGCGAUCCAUCGUGUGCCGAAAACAGCUGGCCCAAAGUACAGCGCUACGUGCUCAUGGGCGUCGAGGGAGCCUACUCGGACUGGCACAUCGACUUUGCGGGCAGCAGCGUCUAUUAUCAUGUCAUCUGGGGCCAAAAGACGUUUCUGUUCGCGCCGCCCACUCCCCGCAACCUGGCAGCUUAUAAGGCAUGGUGCAGUAGCACGCGCCAGGACAUUGACAGGCUCGGUGACCACCUGCACAGCCUCACACGCGUCGACAUCCGUCCAGGUGAGACCAUGCUCAUUCCCUCUGGGUGGCUCCACUGCGUCUACACACCCAAGAACACGCUCGUUGUCGGCGGCAACUUUCUGACCGACUGGAAUGUUGCUACCCAGUGGAAGCUGGUCGAGAUUGAAGAGGCCACCAAAGUACCCAAAAAAUUCCGUUUCCCGCACCUCAAGCGUCUCAGCUGGUUUGUGGCUAGGGGGUGGAACGAAAGGCUCGAGCCGCUCAGCGCAACCAAACUUGUAGGAAAGAAGGAGGAGGAGCAAGGCGGACAAGAAGAAGAACAAGCAGAGGAAGAGGAGGACUCGGCUAAAGAACAGGUCGAGCUGCACGCUGAGGACUUGGUCGACGUCGUGCCACCAGCCAAAGUGCUCAACAACAUCGAACUCGUGCACCAAUCGCUCAGCGACGAUCUCGAGCUCAUCCAGGACCCAUUCAUUGCAAACAAUGGAGACGAGAGGAUGGCAAAGCAGCAGAAAGUAGCGCGAGAAGCCAUUCCUACCCAGUACGUUGGCAACCUGCAGAAAGCGGAAGCCAUGCUGGCAACGUUGCGCCAACGCAUCGACAAGGCAAAGUUGUGGGCGGACGCAGUGCAGCAGGAACGGAUUCGUCUAGCCAAGGCGGCAAAGAGCGGAAAGAAGGAGGCUGCCAACAAAUCCAACAGCCGAAAGGCGCGCAAGUAG